CCUUCUUUCCCUCUCGGUGCCCCGAGAGCCCCCGUUUCGUCUCACAGAUCCCCGCGAUCUGGCUUCAUAGGAGAAUAAUAAUUAUCCCGGCACGUGUCCGCCCUCUGCCCCGCAGGCUGGGCUGACCUGACCAACCAGCACAGCGGGGACACUGGGGUGGUGGCCCCUUCACAGCACCCAACCCGGAUUCAACUGUCCCUUGGCCACCACAGCCACCACUGCUGUCACCACCGAUGCUGGUGUGUGCCGGAGACGGGAGCUAGAGGCAGAGUCCAGGGCACCGAGCCAUGAAGCUGAACGAGCGGAGCCUGGCGUUUUAUGCCACCUGCGACUCCCCGGCCGACAACGCCGGGUUCCUCUACAAGCGCGGCGAGCGGCACACGGCUUACCACCGCCGCUGGUUCGUGCUGAAGGGCAACAUGCUCUUCUACUUCGAGGAGAGGGAGAGCCGGGAGCCGGUGGGAGUCAUCGUGCUGGAAGGUUGCACCGUGGAGCUCUGUGAGUCGGCUGAGGAAUUCGCCUUCGCCAUCCGUUUCGGCGGCGCCAAAUCCCGCACCUACGUGCUGGCGGCCGAGAGCCAGGCGGCCAUGGAGUCGUGGGUGAAGUCGCUGUCACGGGCCAGCUUCGACUACCUGCGCCUGGUGGUGAGGGAGCUGGAGAAGCAACUGGAGGAGAUGCGCUUGGGGGUGGCCGGUGGAUGCGGGGGUUGCCGGGGGCCACCUGGAUCCUGGAAACAGGAGCCCUCGGGGACGGAGCUGUGUGUGGAGAGGCUGUCAGCUUUGCCCACUGUCCUGCCCAAGGAGAAUGGCUGCGCCGUGUGGAACAACGCACCGGGAGCAGAUCGGCCGCCCAACGUCUCUGGCUUUGGUGGGCACGAUGGAGAUGGGAACCCACGGCCACCGCCGCUGCCACCGCGCCAGCGGGCAUCGAGCAGCGAGGCAGGAGGUGUCAGGGUGGCCGUGGUAGAGAGCCCGUCCUCAUUUUGUCAGCUUCAUGAGCAGUACGGGCAGGAGGUGGCCAAGCUGAGGCAGGACUGGCUGGAGAGGCAGCGUGGCCCCCGGCUCUGAGAGGUGACACAGCCCUGCAGACCACACGAGGACCUGAGGUGGAGAGGAGGAGAUUGUCCUCGGCAUCACCUCGAUCCCCUUCUCACUCUGGGAUGUGCUCUCCUGUCCCUGGUGGUGAUGGACACCUGCUGAUGGUGGCACUAAGGCUGAGGGACACUGGUGUUGCUCUGUGAUGGUGAAAUGCCAGCCUGACACUGAUGGCCCAGUGUGCUGCUCACCAGGCAUGAACCCCCAGGCUCUUGGUGCUGCCAGGCUGUUGGACACCUCAUGCCAGGCAGUGGGUACUCCCUGAUGGGAUGAAUCCCUCUGCCUAUGGGUGCAGGGUGCAAGCAAGAUACAAACCACCCAUUGGCUGAUGCCUCCUGGGAACUGACAACUUCACUGGGUCUGGUGAGGCCCCACGAUGCUGUUUGCAGUGGGGUCAGGCACCAGCAAUGCCUUCAGAGGAGAAUUUGGAUGGCGUGUUACUAGGAGAUACCGCAGGGAGCCUGCUUCCCCUCCCAGCCUGGAAUGAGAGACUGACUGAGGUCAGCUGAGCUCCACCGGAUCCCUCUGCUCCAGCAGGAUGUGGUUUGAAAAUUAAAAUAUCACCCAGCACAGCCCUUCCUUAACGGCAGCAGCACUGCCUGCCCCGGGAAGCGGGUGACACCCGGCCCCGGGCAUUUGGCACAGGGCGAUGGCUUCCUGCAGCCUGGCAGGGACAGACCCUGAGGGGACACGGUGGCUGCCACAACCACCUAGCCAGGAGGAUAUUUCAGGGCAGGGCAUCAUCCCGGGACAGCUCGCUAAGGGGAAGCUCAGGGCAGCCCACAGGAACGUCUGUGUCAGCAGCACAGGGUGUUAAAUGAUUCAUGUGCCGAACUGGAGCGAUGCUGGUGUCUCGUGACACCCGUGCUGCUUUUGGGUCCCCAGUGGUUCAUCCCGAUGGGUGGGAGGUGGGUUGAUGCACCUCAAGGCUGGGGGGAGCAGUUGGGGUGGCCCAGGUUUGGGCUGGGUGGGUCUGACGCCAUUUGAGGACUGGCAUGAGGUUUGGCUACAAUAAAAGUUGAGG